AUGCGAGAAGAUGACCUCGGCGCCCCGUUGUACGCUGUGCUGCGGUUCGUCGACGACAGCCAUGGAUCGAGUGCAGAUGACCACCCGCGCUGCCGCAUUGCUGCCCGCCUUGCCACCCACGCUGCCAAGCCUGCUGCAGAGGAGGUGCCCUGCUUUUUGCUGAAGGCUUCUCCACUUUGUUGCCAGGACUCGUCGCCCCAGCAGUUCUUCCACCAUCGCCGGCUCGUCGGGUGGUGGCCAGGCGACCGCGGCCUCGGCGGCGACAGUAGCGGCGACGGCGGGUGCGGGAUCCUCAGGAACAACGAUCUUUGUCGGUCCGGUGCACUCAACGUAGCGGCGGCGGCGGGGGCACCUGUAGCGGACACUACAGACGCAGCAGCGGCGGGGGCACCGGCGCUGGGCGCAGCGGCCCCCGACGCGGCAGCGGCGGAAGCGCCGGUGUUGGGUGCUGCCGCACCCGACGCAGCAACGGCGGAGGCGCCGGAGCUGGGCGCUGCCGCACCCGAUGCAGCGACGGCGGAAGCGCCGGCGCUGGGCGCAUCCGCACCGGACGUGGCGGUGGUGGAGGCGCCGGAGGGAGCAGGCAAGCUGACUGUUGCCGAGGCGGAGCUGGAGGAGGACCGGAAGUCCCUCUAUAAGCGGGAGGCACACGCCACCGGCAUAGAGAAGGAACUUGGGUGCCAGCGGGACUCCCUCAAGAAGUUGAAGGAGUGGUCAGAGAAGAGGAAGGCUGAGCUCGAUGAGAGAUGUCAUGGCAUAAAGCGAAUGCCCCGGCCCCCUGGGAGAUAG